GUCAGCAAGGGAUUUUCCUCCCCUCCUCCCUUGAUAAAGAUCCCUCAGCUGGUAUUACUGAUUGUACGCUUGGCUUUUUGUUAAAAAAAAAAAAAAAAAAAAAAGAAAGAAAGAAAAAAGGAAAAAAAGAAAGAAACUGUGCGGGUUUGCAAUCUGGGGAUGAGCCUCUAAUCCCCUGGGUCAGCCCGAGGAUGGUGGCGUGCUGGUGCAGCUGCCCCCCGUGUACACCUGAGCGCUUGCGGGCUGCCCACGCGGCCCCGAUCGCAGGGAGGGGGGAGAAGAGGCUGCCAAAAAUGUUGGUCGCUCCCGGGCAGUGAUAAAGGUGGAGCGCGUGCGUGUGUGGGGGGCAGCAUCCGUCCUCGCCGAGCUUUAACCAAAGCGGUAACCUGCAGCUAUGGAGUCACCGACUAAGGAAAUCGAAGAAUUUGAGAGCAACUCUCUGAAAUACCUACAGCCAGAGCAAAUAGAGAAAAUCUGGCUUCGUCUCCGAGGCUUGAGAAAAUACAAGAAAACAUCACAGAGGAGCUUGUUAUGGGAAACAGUCGUCACAUUUGAGCGACUCCACAGUCUGAUAAUUCACAUACGAUUGCGGUCUUUGGUAAAGCAGUUAGAGAGAGGGGAAGCUUCAGUUGUAGACUUAAAGAAGAAUUUGGAAUAUGCUGCGACUGUUCUUGAGUCAGUAUACAUUGAUGAAACUAGGCGUUUACUGGACACAGAAGAUGAGCUCAGUGACAUCCAGUCUGACUCUGUGCCCUCGGAGGUCCGGGACUGGUUGGCUUCUACCUUCACACGGCAAAUGGGGAUGAUGCUCAAAAGGACAGAAGAAAAGCCCCGGUUCAGGAGUAUUGUCCAUGCAGUCCAAGCUGGGAUAUUUGUAGAGAGAAUGUACAGACGGACUUCAAAUAUGGUCGGUUUGAGCUAUCCACCAGCUGUAAUUGGAGUGCUAAAGAAUGUAGACAAGUGGUCCUUUGAUGUAUUUGCACUAAAUGAUGCCAGUGGGGAUCAUGCACUGAAAUUCAUUUUCUAUGAACUUCUCACACGCUAUGAUCUGAUCAACCGUUUCAAGAUCCCCAUUUCUGCCCUGGUGUCCUUUGUGGAAGCUCUGGAGGUUGGCUACAGUAAACACAAAAAUCCUUAUCACAAUCUAAUGCAUGCUGCAGAUGUGACACAGACGGUCCAUUACCUCCUUUUCAAGACAGGCAUAGCGCACUGGCUGACAGAGCUGGAGAUCUUCGCUAUGAUCUUCGCAGCUGCCAUCCAUGACUAUGAACACACUGGAACCACCAACAACUUUCACAUCCAGACACGGUCAGACUCAGCCAUUCUAUACAAUGACCGGUCUGUGCUUGAAAAUCACCACGUUAGCGCGGCGUAUCGUCUUUUGCAAGAUGAUGAAGAGAUGAAUAUUUUAUCUAAUCUCUCAAAGGAUGACUGGAGGGAAUUCAGGGCUCUAGUGAUUGAGAUGGUGUUGGCCACCGAUAUGUCCUGUCACUUCCAGCAAAUCAAAGCCAUGAAGAAUGCUUUGCAGCAGCCAGAAGGAAUUGACAAGCCGAAAGCCUUAUCACUGUUGUUGCAUACAGCAGAUAUCAGUCAUCCAGCCAAGGCCUGGGAUCUCCAUCAUCGCUGGACCAUGUCUCUGCUAGAGGAGUUCUUCAGACAGGGUGACAAAGAAGCAGAACUGGGGCUUCCUUUCUCUCCACUGUGUGAUCGCAAGUCUACUAUGGUUGCUCAGUCUCAAAUAGGUUUCAUUGAUUUCAUCGUGGAACCCACUUUUACUGUGCUGACUGACAUGACUGAGAAGAUUGUGACUCCACUCAUUGAUGAAGCUUCCCGCUCUGGCAUGUCUGGGUUCAGGCGUUCCAGUCUGAAUAGCAUUAGUCCCUCCGAAGUUAAAAGAUCAAGUGUCAAGAGCACUGGGUCCGAAGGAAGUGCCUCACUCAACUGCUCCAUACUCACUGUGGACUUCAAAUCUUUUAAAGCCACCUGGACUGAGGUGGUGCAGCAGAACCGGGAGAAGUGGAAAGCGCAAGCCACCAAAGAAGAAAAAGCUAAGAAAGAAGCAGAGGAAAAUGCUCAUCAGGGAACAGAUGAAAAGAAAACAGAUGAAAAGGAUGAGAAGAAGCCAGCUGAAGAUGCCACAGCAGCAAAGACAGAGAACAGUAAAGAACCAAAUCCUGGGGAAGACAAAAACGCAGAUUCCAAUAAGAAUCAUGUAAAUGGGACUCGACAAACUGGGGUGAACAAACAUGAAGCCUCACAAGGGAAAAAUGCACCUAGGACAGAUAAGGGAACAGACUCUCAUCGUGCAGUGGGAGAAGAGAAACAGAAUGUCCAGAAUGGUGAAUUAAAGGAAGACAGUAAGUUGGACAAAAAAGAUCAGUCCAGUGUGGGGGAUGAAUCAAAGAAAACACAUGAUACGGAAGAGUAAAAAUAUAUUAAAAAGAGACUGCAAAUUUCUUUCAUCAUUUUAGCUGAGCUUCUUCAUUCCUGUUCUUCUCCUCCUUCCGCAAAGACCAGUUUCUGGGGAAGGCAUUAAACAACUUUCAAAACACUCCUCCUCCCACUGGCUAUUUCACAGCUAAUGACUCUGGGUUCUAGGGUGGGGGCCUUGUUUUUUUGGGUCAGUUUUAUUUUUGUUUGUUUGUUUGUUCAUGUAUGUGUGCAUUUUUUGUUGUUUUGGGAAGUUUUCUGUUAAAAUAACAAGUGGUGAUUUCCUGAUGCAUAUGAUUCCAUUUUUGUGGACAGGUCAAGCAAUUAGAUGAGGCUCAUCUUCAAAAGCCAAUAUUGCCCUUUGCUAUGCCUCAGCUUGUAAAACCAACAUUAGGAUGAUGCAAAAGAAUAUUAAAAAAAAAAAAGAAGAAAAUUUGGUAAUACUUCACUUUUACUCUCUUUAUUUUCCCCGAGAGCCUUUUCUGGUUGCUGGUAGACAGAAUUUGACAUCAGUUUUAUCUUCGCCAUAGAAGAUUUUAUUAAUAAGAAUGUUGAAUUUGUAGAGUCAUUUGACCAUUUGUUAGGAUUUGAUGUCUUUCCCAGAUGAUGCAAUGAGAGCAAAAUGGUUUUGUUUCUAAACAGCAGGCAGUCUUGCUCAACCCUUAAUUUUUUUCUGUUUUGCAGUUAGUAAUAUGAAAGGAAUAAUCAAUGAAAGCGAUAUUCUCUUGAGGCAAAUUUUGUUGUCAGAGCAUGUACUAAUGUACUGCUUGAUGUGCCUACCUUAACUUGAGAUUACAGAUAAUGAGCUGUUUCCCACGUUUGUGCAUGGGCUACUAGUAACCGCUCUUUGACCUGAAGAUCUGAGAGAAGAAGGGCAGCAAGGAAUCACACGGAUCAAUUCUUACUUUUAUCUCAGUGUGUUUUUUCUUUCAUUACUGACUGAAUGCACAGGCCAAAGAAAAGGAAAAGCGUUGCUGGAGAAGUACGGAUGGGCAAAACUAAAAUGAAAAAGUGUGUCCUAAAUACACUGCUGGAGUCGGUGGAUAAAACUGUCUCAUCCAGUGGAGUUAGACACAUAGAAAGUAGCCAUCAUUUUGGCCCAUUUUAAAGAAGAAGUGUUAAAAAACAACUCGCGCAGCCCUUAAUUCAGGAAGGUAUCUCUGUAUGAGAAGUGUCAAACAUGUAUGUAAGUGCUUUUCUGGCUUGGGAUCUUGGUAGGGAUCUAGUUAAUUGUAAUUAAUUUUACCUGUUUGUGUGGAAAUCAAGACACAUACAUACACAUGCAACUGAUUUUUGCCUAACUCCUUUUUGUUCAGGAUGAGAUCUUGCUGUGUUAGUCAUAUAUGUAUUUUACAAGGAACCAGACUGUUGUCAUGGCUCUUUGCUAUGUAAAGAACACACAAAACAUUGGCUUAGGAAGGUAAAUCUUUGGUGUGUCCUUUUCAUUUUCAAAAGCACAGGACUUUACCACCAGCCUAUAUUAGAGCUUGGGUCUCUGUUCCUGCUUAAACUGUGCAUGUACAGGGAUGAGCUUCCCGCCACACUAGCAAAAAUCACAGCAGUGAGCUCAGCCUAGAUCCACAUUUAAAUGUGAAUACCUUCUCACUCAGGAGUGUUUGUAUCUGGGAUUUUGAUUAUUGAGGCUAGAGACAUUUUGAGUUCUUUUUUUGGACACCAGAGUUUGAGUUUGUUCAAAGCCAGAGAUUUAGAUUAGGUUCAUGCUGUGAAAAGGUUGCGCUUCAAUCACAUGUUUGCAGAAAGAAGUAGUACAAAAAUAACUCUUGCAGUUCUUAGGACUCACAGUUGGCAUCACUGAACCAGCUCAUUUAAAUAAAAUAAAUAUAAGGGUAUGUAGUGUUCCCAUUCGUGACCUCCUGGUUCAAUGGUAGCUCUGGGGUAGAUUUUCUGAGGAAAGCGGGGUGCUGGGAAGACAGUGGCCCCGCAGUCAAUGCCGAGCACACUCUGUGUGACAGGCAGAGGGCUGUGUCACCAUGUAGCACUUUCCCACCUCUCCUUUUCCUCCUCCAUCAGCAUUCAGCCCCAGUAAGAGUGGUAGAAUAUGACUUGCAGCCCUGACCAGGCUCUUUGAAGGCAGACUGAUGAAAUACCAGUAAUGCAGAACCAAAUACUGCAGUGGUGACUCAGUCCCUGCUUAGUCAGACUUCUCCCUGAAGUCAGGGGGAACAUACCCCCUGGUCAGAGGUGCAGGAUGAUUUAGUCAAUAUUUUUUAAGUUACCCUUACCUAAUGUACAGUGACUAAAAAUGCUAGAAUAAUAAUAAUUUUAAAACCUAAGUAUUUUUCUUCAUCUGUUUCUGAUAUAUAUUUUCUUUCUUUCUGGGAGUUACUUCUUUCAGACAGCAAAGCCAGACUGCUUAAUUCACGAUUGAUCAGUUCUUGUUUCUCAUGCACUGGCACAAACGUGUGAAAUCAGUCUGGAAAAUGUUUUUCCUCGAUUGUUAGGGUUAGUCACCACUGGCUGGAGCUAAUAAGGGAAGGGGUGGAUUUGCCGUCUCUUGGGGACUGCAGAUCAGAGCUGCCAUUCUAGAAGAGAUGCUAUAGUCAGAGUUACUCAUCUCGGCACUUAGGUAUGCAGCAAAAUGUUUUGCAAUAUACAGGCAGUCAGAGCUAGCUCUAAUAUUCUCCUGCUCUUUUAAAAUCAUUUUAAUAAGCUACAGUGGAUUAUUAGCAUUUUUUUAGAUUUUUUUGUUGUCAUGUAAAAAAAAAUCCCAUUGAAAUCUAUUAGCUUGGAAAUAUAUAAAGUGAACGUGACACCUAGAAAUCAAAAUUAUACAAAGAGACUAGGCCAGAUGAAAGCAUCUCUUGUGGGAUCCUCUCCCAGGAUCACACCUACAGUCCCCUACUCUGCCCCCCUACCUCCCUGGAACACUCUGCAGUAUUGUGCUAGUGCAUUGUGAGCCAAGGAGUGUUAUGUCUAGACAUCUCCCAGUUAAAAUAGAGAUCAGCCACUGUACAAUUGUGUAAAAAAAAAAAUAAAAAUUAAAAAAAAAAAAUUACAGAACUGCUUUCUCUUAUUUUAUUCCACAAAAGGAAACAAAACAAAAAAAUGUGGCCAAGGAUUAGGUGUUCAUCAGCUAAUGGCCCAUGUUUAUAAAAAGUGAGAAAGGAUUUCUGUUUUCACAUCCUUACCUAACUUUCCCCAGAUGUAUAGAAAUUAUGUUUUCAGACGCCUUCCUUUUCCAUCCUCAGUAAGACUAUACAAGCACGGAAUAAGCCAGAAAUUCUGCAAAUACAGGGCCCAUACCGUUGGCCUCAUGAAAUUCUACAGAAUUAUUUGGGAGCGCCCACCAGUAGGCACAAAGGGGUCUUCUGGUGCCAGAGUGCAUUUUACAGAGGGCAGCACAGGCUGGGAAGCUGUGUGAUAAAGAUGGCACUCUUCCACCUCUGCGCAGGGACUGCUGGUGCUCUCAGAAGGCUCUGCCUUGCUGGAAGAGCAACAGACAUCUUCUGCUUCCCAGAAACUGUUGUGUAACUUGAGAGGGAGAAUCCAGGCACUUUACCCCCUUAAAAUAGGGAGGGCCAUUGCAAGUAUCCCUAUCAGUGUUUUUUCCUUUAGCUGGGACUGGUGUUCAGGGAAUUAAAAGACCUUUGACUCAUGGUGACAUAGUGCUUGAACUCCUGGACACACUAUAAUUUAAGAAAAAAAAAGAAAAAGCAAGCAAUAUGUUUUUAUAGAAUCAUAGAACAGUGUGGGUUGGCAGGGACCUUUAAAGGUCAUCUAGUCCAACCCCCCUGCAAUGAACAGGGACAUCUUCAACUAGAUCAGGCUGCUCAGAGCCCCAUUCAACCUGACCUUGAAUAUUUCCAAGGAUGAGACAUCUACCACCUCUCUGGGCAACCUGUUCCAAUGUUUCACCACCCCCAUUGUACCCUGUUCAUUAUUUAAAUGGCUCAAAGGGUGACAGUUCUUUGGGGUGCACUCAAAUCAGUGAUUUGAACCGUGCAUUUCUGUGACAACAUGCAAGAAGUGUUCACAUAUGUGAAAGAAGGGAUUUGUUUAUUUUUUAAAUGUAAAAACCUGUGAUGCAGCCUCUCAAAAUGCUUAAGUCAACCAGCUUUUCUUACAAACUACACGAUGGUUUUUUUUCAGAGUUAUAUGGUCAGAUUUCUAUGUUUAAUUAUAAAAAGAUCAUGAACGUACUUUCCAAAAUGCAGUUGGUUAUGCCAAAGAAGAAUAGUAUAUGGUGGUGUUUUUGCAAACUACCCUUUGAAUAUGCAAAUGUUUGCAUAUGUACUUAGAAACUCUUACAAGCUCAGUCUGGAAGAAAAAAUAUUUCAAACUAUAUCGCUGGCAGCGCUGUGCUACUUUGUAAUCAGAAGGUCCAUGAGCUCACCUAGCUAAAGGCAAAUACUUCUGGUGUUAGACCUCGCAAAUUCUACAGUUGGUCCCAAACGUGGCUUUUAAUUAAAAAGUACAGUAAUCUAUUCAAAUUAGAAAUGAUGGAACCUGACAAGGACAAUACUUUUUUUGCUUCAACUAGAAUAAACCAGUCUAUCUCCAGGAAUUUGUGAGAUUGGUCUUAAAUAUUUCUUAUUGGCUCCUUUUUCCUCAUAUUUCAUUUUAUAAUAAUGAAACUCAUCAUCCUCUGAUGAUCUAUACCAUAUGUUAGCCAUUUAUACUCAGCAAAUGACAGCAUAAUCAAGUCCUUUUCUCCUACUCUUUUUUCAAUCCAUCACCUUAUCCAAUAAUUAAAAACAACAGAGUGAUCCUGUGCUUUCGCAUGUGUUGAACGGUUGCUGAUCUCAGAGCUGUGCUGGCGUGGUGUCUGAACGUCAGCACUCAAAAGCAGGAACAUGCUGGCUGAGUACGAGAAGGAGCUCUGUGGCACUGACUCCAUGCAGAUCGCUCCGGGGAGUGGGCAUCAGUGCUGGCCAGGUAGAAAGGAGGGAAAGAAACAUGCUUUCACAUUUUAAGGCAUAAAUUCAGCUCUCUCCAAAGCGGUACAGAGGUUUUUCCCACUUGUGUAAUCCAAAACAUGAGCAGGUCUGCUCCAGUCUUAGUUUCGUGCCAGGUGUGCAUCCUCAUGUGGUGCUCUCCCUGCUUCCACAGGCAGGCAAGUUUUGUGAUCCCAGAUAACCCUUUCCCUGAUUACUGCGAUCAAAGCAGGCGGAGGGCGGGUGACCACUGCCAAUGCCAUUGUUUUCUGUUAAAAUGAAACACUGGCCGUGCAUUUCUACUUGCUGAGACUGCCUUCUCGUAGCUGCAAUGUCCCUUUUAAUCCCCAGCAAGCAGAGGGUUCGGCUCUGUACCCAAGCAGGACUGGGACACAUGCCUGUCUUCAAGGCAUCAGCUCUCCCUGCUCUGGUGACUUGACCACCAGGUAGAAGGAAAUGGAGCUACUUCCAGGCAAGCUGGCUGAGGACUUGAAACCCGGUUUUAGCAAAUUUAUUUACUCUCAUACCUAAGCGCAUGACAGGACUCACUCACAAGCCUCGCAGCACGCUCUUGGCAUUUCGUAUUCUUUCGAUUUCUUCCAAGCAUGUAUGUAUCGACUGCUGUGUACUCAUAACACCCUGGUUUUAGAAGCUAUCCAGUGGUAGGAGGAAUAUAUGUAAUCCCGUUGCCUCUGCUGGUGGUCGUAGGAGUGCAUCUGUCAAACAAAAUUACUUAUGGCCAUUGGGGUUUUCUAGUGAUAAAACCUAGCAGUAGAAUGACAGAGUGAGCAUUUUCCUUUUCUUCUUGCUUGGAUGAUAUUUUUAUACACUUUUAUAUGCAAUUUUUUUAAAUAUUUGCUAUUUUUAUUGUAGGGUUCUGGUUGGGUUUUCGCCAGACCUUCUGGUUGUCUACAGGCCCAGAUUCUCACAGGAAUAUUUCCCUUCCCUUUUCUCCUCCCUCUUCUUCCCUGAUAGACAAAAGCCAUUGCAUUUGCAACAUCAGCUUAGAGCGAAAUAACACCUAGGGCCUGAUCACUCUUUUAGUUGCACUGAAAUCAAAGGAAGUUGCAUGCCAAGUCCUGCUGGUCCCACCGCAGUGCCUGGGGCCAAAGACAAUAACCGCAACACGUCCAACUAAUUACAGGCAGGGCAGUCUGCGUAAAGCUAACGCGUCAGGGUGGCGCGGUCUUCCUUUGCUGUGGUAGGAGCUGCUUCCACCACAAUGUGUUUAAAUAAGGCUGUAUGUCUCUCUUCGUUACGAUGAUGCUACUUCUUGUAGGCAUUUCAGUCAAAGUCAUACCUUAGCGCACUGACUACCUUCAGCAGGGAGGAAGGGUGAACGUUGUGGGUUAUCUGUAAUAGUAGAUUUCACUGCUCUUGUGGUUAACCCUACAGUGACAGGUCCUAAAUAAAGUUAAGAAACAUUAAACCUAUUGGUAGGAAGGAUAAGGGGAAAUUAACCAAAUUCAAGGAUCUCGGUCUUGUAAAAUAACCUUUUCUCAGCUGACAUUCUGCAGGGAAUUCUAUGUAUGAAGUUGAACAUAAACUUUAGAGUAUGUCUAUAUUAGCAGAACUGAUAAUGGAGAUGUCUCUCUUGAACUGAACUAAAAUAAAUACCUGUUCUCUAACAUUUUUCAAGGAGGAAAGAGGCAGGUUGUUACGCUAUUUUGCAACAGGGGAAAGAAAACAAAUUAAAAUACAUGCUGAAAGCAAAACUCAACACAAGUUUGCUCCUGGGACUGGGUGGGUAGGGUAAUGAAAAAAAAACAACUUAUUUGGUUUGUUAAGACUCAUAAGUAAAAAAAAAAAAGCAAAACUGAAAUUCAUGAUGCCAUGUAAUGCCAAGUAUUCUCAACUGUUCUGAGAAUAAUUUUAAACAAUAUGUAUUUAUUGUUAGUUCCUUAUUUGAAAGAAGAGGCUUGUGGUCUCUAAAUGUAUAAAACAUUUUUCAACAUUCCAGUUUUUUCUGUAACUGAGUCCAUGUAUGUUCAUCCUAUUACCAAAUAAAACCAAUGAGGUCUCUGCUCCAUUUGAA